UUUAAGUUUUGCUUCUCCAACUCUAAACACUUUGUUGUUCUUGUGUCCGCUUAAGAUCUUACAUUAUCAUCAUCUCUGUUUUCUUCACUUUUCUGUUCAGAGGAUAAGCAGGAAGAAGAGAUAAAAAAGAAUGACUAACCAACAAAAUGUAGCGGUUCUUGACAUGAAAUCGCGUGGUUUAAGGAGCUUAUUGCCUCCGUCGUCUCUGCCGGUGAGCAAGUCAUUUUCUCCUACAGACCUUAAGAUGCUAUUGAAAAAGAGAUUGGAAGGCGAGAAAGUAGGAACUAAAAUGAAUGCCUGGGUGGAUUCAAUGAGAUCUUCUUCACCGACCCGUAUCAGGUCCACUUAUUCAACCGACGACAAUAGUUCCUGGAUUGUUCAUCAUCCAUCGGCUUUGAGCAUGUUCGACCAAAUAAUGGCUGCUUCGAUAGGGAAACAGAUAGUGAUGUUUCUCGACUACGACGGCACUCUUUCCCCUAUCGUCGAAGACCCGGAUCGAGCUUUCAUGUCCAGAGAGAUGAGAGCAGCUGUAAGAGAUGUUGCUAGAUAUUUUCCAACAGCAAUCGUGACGGGAAGGUGCCGGGACAAGGUUUACAGCUUCGUAAAAUUAUCUGGCCUUUAUUAUGCCGGUAGCCAUGGAAUGGACAUCAAGGGACCAUCUAAAAGUUGCAAAUACAAGAACGGUAAUCGUGGUGUUCUUUUCCAACCGGCCAGUGAAUUCUUGCCCAUGAUAGACGAGGUAUAUAAAGCGUUGGUAGAGAAGACAAAAUCGAUAGGGGGAGCCAAGGUGGAAAAUAACAAGUUUUGUGUGUCUGUACACUUUCGAUGUGUCGAUGAAAAGAGUUGGGCUGCCUUAGCUGAGCAAGUUAGAUCAGUACUCAGCCAAUACCCUAAGCUUAAACUAACUCAAGGGAGGAAGGUAUUGGAGAUUCGUCCGACCAUCGAAUGGGACAAAGGGAGAGCCCUUCAAUUCUUAUUGGAGGCACUAGGGUAUGCAAAUUCCAAUGAUGUUUUACCAAUCUAUAUUGGCGAUGAUCGAACUGACGAAGAUGCGUUUAAGGUUUUACGUGAUAGAGGACAAGGGUUUGGGAUUCUUGUUUCCAAAGUACCUAAAGAAACAAAUGCUUCAUAUUCUCUCCAAGAACCAUCCGAGGUGGAGGAGUUUUUGAGGCGUUUGGUGGAUUGGAAAAAAAUAUUCACACGGAGGAGGAGCACCAUAAUUUAAAAAAUGUGCUUAGACAUGCAUAUAUGAGAUAUUCGAAUGCCACCCUACGUAUCUGAUUAAAGGGUGGAAUGACUAUUAGUUAAUUGAUUAUGUACUUUUCUCGUUUAGAGAGAGUUUGUAAUUGUAAUUAACUACCGAUUUCCGAGGCUGUAAUUUGAUUAAAAUGAGGAAAAGAAAAUAAUUAGAAUAAUUCCAU